AGGGAAAGGAACUAAAAUCAGCCAAUCACGUUAAUGUGCCAGGAAGCUGAGACCCUGAACUCUCCACCCUCAUCACCACACUGAAACGCCGGGUCCUCCUCCUCACACCCACGCUGGGCAGCACUGUGGAUAGUCUGCACGGAGAUUUUGGAAAAGUUUACGAAACCAGCAGAAGAUUUUGUGUUUGCAGAAGUUUUGGUCAGACGGGGAGAGGCUGCAUCUUUGGAGACGCCGUUUGAAGCCAACUGCGCAUUUUUUGCGCUUUGUUAUUACCUUGAAGGACUCGGGCUAAAUGGAUUCGUCUCUCGAGUUUUCCGGUUCUUUGGGUAGUGUUUCCUCACUGCUAACCCGCUGUCGGACAUUUAAGGUGCUUGUGAUUGGAGACUCCGGGGUGGGUAAAACCUGCCUCACCCACCGACUGUGCGGCGGGGAGUUUCCCUGCAGAUCGGAGGCUACCAUCGGCGUGGACUUUCGGGAGAGAGUUCUUGAAAUCGAUGGAGAGAAAAUCAAGCUCCAGCUGUGGGACACAGCCGGACAGGAGCGCUUUCGUAAAUCCAUGGUGCAACACUACUACCGUAACGUCCACGCGGUGCUCUUCAUUUAUGAUGUCACCUGUCCUGCCAGCUUUAGCGGAAUGACUUCCUGGGUAGAAGAAUGCCGGCAGCACUCCCUCGGCCAGGACAUACCCAGAUUCCUGGUGGGCAAUAAGAGCGACCUCCGUGACCCCAAAAAGACUGACAGCCAGGUGAGCCAGGAGCGGGCAAUGAGCUUUUCCAAAGCCCACGGCAUGAUCUUCUUUGAGACAUCCGCCAAGGAUCUUCCAAAGAAAGGCAUGAGCGGACAGCAAGGUAGCAAGCAGGCGCUGUAUCAGCAGGAUAAUGUGGAGGACAUCGUCACCGCUGUUAGCCUCAAGCUGAAGAGACAGAAGAAACUCCCGACAGCGAAUUCCCUGGCGUACAGCGGCUCCUUUAAACUCGCUAACAAGAAGAAGGCGGAGAAGGAGCCGAUGGCCUGCUGCUGAGAGUGAGGAGGACGAGGACAUGCAAAUCCAGUCACUCCCACACAGAACUUUAAUAUUUAACUUCUUAAAAAUGCAAAACGUGCCACUCGGAAAUUUAGUGUAUAUUUGUGAUCUCAGUGUUUACAAAAGCUGCAAAAUAAAAUACUGUGAAUGUAAACAUG